UCGACAAAUGAUGUAGCUGUUUAGGGUUAAAGCAGAGAAGUAAAACUUGACCAGUUUUUGGCCAUAUAGGUCAGAAAAGCAACGCUUUUUCUUUUAUUUCCUUUGAAGCAAAAGACCAAUAGUUAUCAUUCUAUUCAACAUUAUAUCCAGAUAACUUACUUGAUUUUCUCUCUAUUGACAUGCGGAACAGCGAAUUUUUUCUUAUAUUCAUAAUAUCAUAUUCAGGAGUCAUACGUGCCAUUGAGUACAACGGAGUUUCUUUGGGCGAGUUCAGUGAGAGUGACGUGGAAGGAGAAGUUUUUCUUGUCAACUCAACACAUUUACAAAUUGUUAACUUUAGGACUACAAAAACAAAUCUUCCUCCAAUUCCAUUUGCUUUUAUAUCAUCAAACAAUCAAAAAAGUACUCCAAAAAUCUACCGCCAUUUUUCAUCUCAAAACGGCGAAUGGCUCUCAAAACUGGUGUCAUUGAGUCACGAGCAGCACCAAAUAGACACGCGGCUAAUUGUCAAAAUGACGGGCUCAGCUGCGCAAUGGAAGCAAUUUGCAGUUGUUGAUUCAAAUGGGAAUACAUUGGCAUCUGUAAACAUGAACCAAAAACCAUCAGCACCAUUUUGUUGUUUUGAAAGUGAAGCGGAUAUGGGGUUGUUCGGAGAGUACGGAAUUAUUUCGGACCCCAUAGAAGUGAUCGACUCCAGGACACUAAAAAUUCCAAAGUUUUCAUAUAAAGCAUCGCAAACACCAGACGGAUACUUCUUUGCCGGAGCCGGAUCAGAAAUUGAUCAAAAAUCUGGGAAGAAAGCUGCUAUUCUGCGAAGUGAUCAAACCCUCAAUUAUUGCCCUAUGCUGAAAGAUAUUACCGAUCAGGAUAUAAUUAUACGCUUAGACCAGAGCCAAACAAUUUACGACAUUGAAUGGAUUAGUGUAUUUUGCUACAAGUAUUCACACGACUUUGGCCACUUGGAUAUGGGACUUGUUGAGAAUGAAGAACAGGUUCCACCUUAUAUUCCGGAUAUUAGCAUUUCAGAACCACAUGUAAUAUCCCAAAACUGCUAAAUGUAUCUUUAAUGUUUCUUUAUGUAACUUGAUAUGUUUUAAAUUGUAAAUGUGUUUUGAAAAUGCUCUAAAUUUAUUGGCAAGACAAAUGAAGUCAAUUGCAAAGUAAUGGUAAUAAUAAUAAAUGGAAUUAACGCCGUG